GUCAAACAUGCAUGCCUUUCCUGUGUGAGUGCGUGCGAACGCCUCGCAGCCGCCGCCGGGCAGCCGUCGCAACCAUGUUGGCCAUGCUGAGUCAUGUACCGCCGCCCGUCGAGAUCCUGCAGUCCGACCUGCCGUGGUACCAGCGCUUCUGCACUUGCCGAAGACAGCGCGAGAGCGGUUCGCUCCUCAACGAUGCCCUGGCCAAGCCGAUCGCAGCCGGAGCCGCGGGCAGCAGCACGUUGGACCGGCUCAAGACCAUCAAAUACAUCGAGCGCUACCCGUGCGUGGUGGGAGACGAUCGCAACCUGAGGGUGUGCUUGGAGAACCUGAGCAAGGCGCUGGACGCCAGCAGUCCCGAAGUGGUGGUCGCGUCGGCCGACGCCCUGUCCUCGGUCCUCGAGAAGCAUGGUCCCAAGAUGACCACGGCCAUGGUGGAGAGCGUGUUGAAGACGUCCUUCGACCAGCUCCUCUCGGCACGCAUCAAGGUCCGAAACAGGUUCGUUGACGUGAUCGUGAUCCUGCUCAAGCAACAUCCGGGUUAUGCCUCCAGCAACCUGCUCUACCUGGCGCAGAAUUGCGACGAGCUGCAGACGGUGUGCGCCAUGGAAGCCUUCUGUCGCGUCAUCCAGACGCGCCACCUUAAGCUGCUCCCGCUCAAGUGCAUCUUUCACUACUUCUCCAUUCACAUUGACAGCAGCGACCCCAGCGUGCGUUCGUACGCAACGAAGGGCGUGGCGCUGAUGGAUUUUUACUUUUGAGCAGGGUUGGGCUUUGAUAAUUGCGUAUUAAAUGAAUGUCUGUGCAAAACUUGGCGAUACAAAAGCUGUGAUGGGCUGCGAAAUGGGAUGGCUGCGAAAUAUACGUAUGUGCUUAACACUGCAUCUUCUAUCACGUCACUU